GUAGGAAAUAUUAUGGAAAGGUAGAUUUUGUAAAGAUGAAGAGGGCUAUGAUGAGUACUGCAGAUUGUGCGCAGAAGGAGGCGACUUACUGUGCUGUGAGCAGGAGGGUUGUUUCAAUGGAUUUUGUAAGCGCUGUAUAAAGCGAACCAUGGGUCGUUCUGAGCUGAAGAAUGCAGAAACAGCAGAGAACUGGGCAUGCUAUGUUUGUGACAAGACUUCUAUGACAGAGCUCCGAGCACUACACAGAGCUAUUCUGAGUAACUUAGAGGAAUCAGAAGUGCAGGAUGACAAUCUGUCAAGGAAGGAAUUGAAUAAAAAGAACUUACUUUCAAAAUUUGAGCUUCUGAAAAAGAAUAGGAAGGAAAGAGCAACAAAGAAUUCUCCCAAGAAAGUCGAAAAGAAAGCAGAUAAAGGACAAAUCUGGUGAUAGCAGAGGAAAGCAAAACCAAGCUUGGCUAAACGAGAGCAUUGAAACUAUGGUUGAUAUGCUUUCGUUAUGUUUAAAGAAUGUUGAAAAAAUAAACAGCUCUUGGAAGAACUCCCAUUAUUCAGCAGAGGGAACUGAAAAGGCAGGUAAAAGAAUUUUGAAGCAACUCACAGGGAUGAUGACCAAUUUUGAAAUCCUUGAAAAAAAUGUUUCAGUUGAAGUAAAAAAACUGGCUUCAGAAGAAAAGGUGGAAGAGAUUGAUUCCACUGAGAACAAAAGCAAAAAGAGCAAAAAGGAAGCUGAGGAAAGUACCACAGCAUCUUCACCCAAAAAGAAAAGCAGCUUGAGAGAAAUGGACAUGGAAACUGAGGAACAAGUUACACCCAAAAGAAAGAGGAAUAAGUCAAAGAUUGAUGAAGAUGCAGAGGAAGGAAAUAGGACCAGCUGUAAAAAGACUGCAAGUCAAGAUUCUUUGAAAACAUCAAGCAAAGAUGAAAUGGAAGUAGAUGACGCAAGCAAAGAUUCAAGCAAGGCCAAUAUCAGAUCAGAGGAUGAAUGUUCAGCCAAUAUAGAUGACCCUGUGGAACAGGAUGAAGUGAGGAGUAAUGGGAGUGAUACUGCAAUAGAAGAAAGUAGAGGCAAAGGUGACUCUGAACCUGACGAUGAGGCCGAGAUAGAAAAGGCAUUAGCCAAGACAAAAUCAUUGUCUGAGGGUGAAGCUGAAGAGGCAGAUAAAGAUUCAAGUAUCCUUUCCUCUACCACAGUUGAAUAUGUUGGAAAAGAAAGUACAGAAAAAUGCAAAAAAAAAUCAAGGGCAAGUUUGUCAAAGAAGAAGGAUGGUGAAGAAAGUGCUGAUACAUCAGAAGAACAAAAAAACCCUCUUUCAAAUGCAAGGAAGACCAGGAGAAGCAAAAGUACAGAGGAACUGAGUGAGGUGAACAUAAAGAAGGAACCUGACUCAGACAGUGAAAAAGAAGUGAAAAGUAAAAGAGGAAGGAAGGCCAAAGAUCAGAAAAAGGAAGAGAGAGAUGAGGCAGAUGAGAAAGGCUCGUUCAAAAAGGAUGAAUCUGAAGAAGAAAAAAAAGUGAUUAAGAAAGAGAAGGGAGAUGAAGAUAGUGAGGAUUAUGAUGAUGAGGCAGAUAACAAAGAAAAUAAAUCAAAGGGAAGAAAAAAGGUUCAGAAGGAGGAGAAGCAGAAGAAAGAGAAAAAGAAAGUGAUUAGUGAUGAGGAAGAGGAAAAUGACUCUGAGAAAAUACCAAAAGGCAAGAAACAGAAAAGAGGAAGAAAACCCAAAGAGGAGGAGAGUGAUGAGGAGACUAAAAAGAAGAGUAAAGCAAAGGGAAGAGGAAACAGAGAGUCAGAAGAUGGAGAUUCAAAGGAAAAGAAGAAAACUCCGAGAAGAAGAACAAAGAAGAGACGGCAGGAAGACAACGAUGAGGAUGACAUGUUGGGUAUUGGAGAUAUGUCAUCCAAUAAUGAGUCAUCAGAAGAGGAAGAUACAGAUACAGAGAUGAGGAGGCGGAGAGAAGAGUAUGAAGAUCAUAGUGUGAAGAAAAAGAAGAAAAAGAUGAUGAAGAAGGAUACUAAGAAGGAGAAGGGAUCUGAAGAUAUAACAGACAGUAAUGAUGAGAAGAAAACCAGAAAAAGUCCAGUGAAAAGUAAGGGAAAGAAGAAACAGGAAGAGGUGAAUGGGAAAGAAAGUUCAGAUGAAGAGGAAGCAAAUGAUAAAGAAGCAGGUGAGAGUAAGAAAGGUAGAAUUAGUCCUAAGAAGUCUGAUGAACAAGAAAAGAAGAAGAAGAAAAAGGAGAACAAUGAGGCUUUCUCAGAGUUGUUAGCAAGUGAAUCUGAAAAUGAGAAAGGCAACUUAAGUGAUGAGAAGGAAACCGGAGCAAAUGAUGAACCCAUGGAAUGCAGUCAAGGAGAAAGUUCAGAAGAGGGUACCUCGGAAAAGAGGAAACGGCAAGCAGGUAAGAGCAAGGGUGAAGCUGGUGGCGAGAUUAUGAGCACCAGUAAAGAAGAAAAACAGAAAAAUAAAAAAAAAGGCAGUACACCUAUUAAGGAUGACAACCAAAUGGCCAUGGCUUCUCUCCUGGAAAGUGAGAGUGAUUAUGAACUAGAGGACAAACCCAAGCCUAAGUGUAAGAAAAAGAAUUUCCUCAAGAAAUAUGCAGAGAAAAUGGAAAAAGUGAAGCACUUAACAGAAGAAGAGAAAGAAGAACUAAAGGAGAAGCAGCUUGAAAGCAAGUGCCAGACCAAAGUGCAGAAAAUCAGCACAGAAGUCAAGAGCAAAUUGGAGAAAGAUGAAUUCAUUGACGUUAAAGAAUUCCCAGAGUUCAGGCGGAAGAAGGAGACAGAGCGCCAGAAACAAGCAAAGCAUUAUGAUGGUGAAGCUGAUGAAGAAGAUUCAGAUGAGGAAUUUGAAAAGCUCAUGAA